CGCGGACGGUGCGGUGCUGUCUCUAAGCAAAGAUUUUUGUUUGGACCCGGGCAACGAAUGACUCGGAAAUACCACAGAGACCGGAACACUCAAAGUAUGGUGACUGCACUAGCACUCUCAUCGAGCUGGACUACUCAGUAUCGAGAAGGUGGUUCGACGCAGGUUUAUGUCAGUUAAGUGAGAAUGAGGAAAGCUAGGGGGGGGGAAAUAGGUUUUCCAGUUUGAACGGUGCAGUGUGUUGCUAGUCGGCUAGUUCUCAAACCGGCUUCAGUGGCUUAGCUAGCAAGCUAAUGUAGCUGCGGAUCACUGAAGGAAAUGCGUUGGAAGUUUGUCUGAAGGUCUUCAAUAUUGUUUAUAUUUGUAUUCGACCCAUGUCGUGUGUUAUAUGUUUGAUAGCUGUUACUAAGUAGUGAGGGGUGGGUUUUUUUUUGUUGUUGUUGUGGAGCGACACAGGAGGAAGUAGUGAGGUUGGUUUGUGUAGUUAUGACCAGUUUUAAUAUUUCAGCCAAAACCUCAUCGUUGAAAUCGUCACUGGGCAUCGACGGUGCAGUUUCACCCGUCAGCGUCGACAUCACCAACAACAACAAGGAGUGGGAUUACGGUGGUGAUGUGUUUGCGUGCUGUCACGAGAUGAGUCCGAUGGACGACGCGAUGCAGGCGGGGAUGUCCUCCGUGCAGUCGGGACUGGACGGACACCUGCCUCUCCUGCACGCCAGACACCGCGGCGCCCAGGACGGGCUGAUGCUGGACCUGAGCUCCCCGACUGCCUACCUCGACAGCAGCUCGCUGGAGUACAGCGACAGCGACGGGAACAACGCGGGUCCGUUGUUCGAGAGGAGGAAGAGGUCGCGGUCCAACAGCUCCAGGCACCGCUUCAACGAGGUGGUGACGGAGCUGGGUCCGGAGGAGGUGCGCUGGUUUUACAAGGAGGACAAGAAAACGUGGAAAGCCUUUGUGGGACACGACUCGCUGAAAAUCGAGCGUGUGUUUCGGAAAUACUGUGAGCUGAACCCCCCCGGUGCUGCGGGCUCCCAGGACGGCGUCGGAGCGGAAGAGUGCGGUAAUAACGGCGUGGAGAGCAGGGGGCUGAACGGUGGAGCAGUGCCCGUGGAAACCAGGACCAGCAGUGUGCACGGAGGUCGGGGGUCCCUGGACACAUCCACCGUGUCCUCAGAGGAGAGGGACCCUGACUGCAUUGAAAUCAACGUUGAGCCUGUUUGUGUCCGGGGAGGGCUGUAUGAGGUGGACAUUAAAGAAAAGGAAUGCAACCCUGUGUACUGGAAACAACAAGACCACAUUCCAGUCAUGAGAGGUCAGUGGUUCAUUGACGGUACCUGGCUCCCUUUGGAGGAAGAGGAAAGUGACCUCAUCGAGCAGGAGCACCUGAACCAUUUCCGUGGGCAACAAGUGCAGGACACCUUCGAGACGGAUUUGGUGGUGAAGACUGUCGAUAGCAAAGAUGUUCUCUCCCACCUGCCCCCUUUCUACCUCCCUUUUCUGUUCAAAUGGAGUGGAUAUCAGACGAGUGCUAAAACUACAUGUCACAAGCGCAAACGCUGCCAAGCCAUCCACAGCCUGAAGCUGAGUCGGACCCACGUGGAUUGGCACAGCGUGGAUGAGGUGUACCUCUACAGCGACGCCACCACAUCCAAAAUAGCACGCACAGUCACACAGAAACUGGGCUUUUCAAAAGCCUCCAGCAGUGGAACGCGGCUCCAUCGAGGUUUUGUUGAGGAGGCCUCGCCUGAGGACAGACCCCCUCAGACUACGCACAUUGUCUUUGUGGUUCAUGGGAUAGGACAGAAGAUGGACCAGGGUCGCAUAAUUAAAAACACUGGAAUGCUGAGGGAGGGUGUGAGGAAGAUGGAGGAGAAGCACUUUUCAGAGCACAACGAAGAGCACGUGGAGUUCCUGCCUGUCGAGUGGCGCUCCAAACUUGCACUGGACGGAGAUACGGUAGACUCAAUAACACCAGACAAAGUGAGAGGACUGAGGGAUCUUCUUAACAGCAGUGCCAUGGACAUCAUGUACUACAACAGUCCACUUUACCGGGAUGAGAUUACCAAGGGCCUAACACAGGAGCUUAACAGACUGUACUCACUUUUCUGCUCCCGGAACCCUGAGUUUGAGGAGCAAGGUGGUAAAGUGUCCAUCGUGUCGCACUCCCUCGGCUGCGUCAUCACCUAUGACAUCAUGACGGGAUGGGAUCCUGUGCGCUUCUGUCUGCAGGAGCAUCACGCUGUGGAGGAGGAGCUCGACCUGCGUUGGAUGUCCUACGAGGAGCGGCAUCUUCUAGAGCAGCUACGGCACACAAGGAAUAGGUUAAGAGAACUGGAAACACAGCUCCAAACACUUGAGGCCUCUAAACCGUCAGCACCACCAGCCCUCAGAUUUAAGGUGGAAAACUUUUUCUGCAUGGGUUCUCCUCUGGCGGUGUUCUUGGCCCUGAGGGGGAUCCGACCCGGUUCCAGCUGCCACCAGGACCACAUCCUGCCCACCUCCAUCUGCAGCAGGCUCUUCAAUGUCUUCCAUCCUACAGAUCCUGUGGCCUACAGACUGGAGCCCCUCAUCCUUAAACACUACAGCAAUAUUGCUCCUGUUCAGAUACACUGGUUUAGUGCCACUAACCCAACAUCCUAUGAAGAGGUCCGGCCGACCUUCUUGAACCCAGUCAAAGACCCCACAUCUGACACUGAGAGCAUCCCCAGCCCGAGCACUUCUCCAGUCUUGGCACGCAGGCACUAUGGAGAGUCCAUCACAAACCUGGGCAAGGCCAGCAUACUGGGAGCGGCAAGCAUAGGGAAAGGCAUCGGAGGCAUCCUCUUCUCCCGUUUCUCCCGAUCCAACAGCCAGCCCUCCGUGUCUUUAGGCCUUGAAGGAAUUGCAAACCCUGAGGAAGAGGAGCAGAAGCGAACAGAAAGCCAGUCGGCGUAUGGCCUCUCCACUCUGACACGGCCAACCUCACCCACAGCUGACACAUCAUUGGAGCUGGAGCGACGGAUCGACUUUGAGCUGCGAGAAGGUCUGGUGGAGAGUCGCUAUUGGUCAGCAGUGACGUCACACACGGGCUACUGGUGCUCACACGACAUCGCACUCUUCUUGUUGACCUUCAUAUACAAGCAGAAGAUGAAUCCCUCUGACCCAGAAGAGGAUGCUCCAGAUCCCGACUGAGGCAGCACAUUCAUGACAACACGUAAACACUUGAAAGGUGUCUUAUGACUCCUAAAGGGGCGGGGUCACGAAAGACACAAAAAUAAACCUCUUUAAUUAACUUGCACACAAACUGCUAAAGUCAAGUCAUCAUCUAUAUUUUUUUCCUACAUCUCCCUGUAAUUCAGCUCCUUGAAAACUUGGGAAUCAUUACUAACCGACCUCAUUCCAAGACGUGCAUUCUUCUGUUUUUUUUUUUGUGUGUGUGUGUGUUUGUCGUUAGGACACAAUUGUGCACCCUAAGGGUGAUCGUGUUGGACCAAGAACCCCUAAGGAGGUGCACCCUUUUGCCAGACCACAGGAUACAUAUGUUCCUGGAGUAGGAGAUUUAUAAGUUUGAUGCACCCAGGGUCUAAUUUCAUUCCCGAGUUUUGACCUUAAACAGCUGUAGCCUGUUGAUGAAGUUCCCAUACAGUUCUUGUCGUUACAAUCAAGCCUCCCCCUCCUGUAGAUCCAGUCUGGAGCCUGCUGAUACUCCCAUGACCCUCUGUAACCACGGCUUUCUGUCCUGUGUCUGUGCUUUUAAACUCUUUUUUUUUAUUUAUAUAUAUAUAUAUAUGAGGGAGAGAGAUAUAUAUUUGUCAGAAAAAUACUUUUAUCUUUACAUCAAACGUUUCGUUAUUCCAUCUGAAAAAGUUGCUAACAAACAAACUGCAAUGCCUUUAAAAAAUGUAAGCCAAACUCGUACCGAUUCUUUCUGUUUAGCUUUCCAAACAGUUUUAGGGCAUUAUCCCUUUAAUAGUCGAAGUAUGAAGAAGAAAAAAUCACCUCUUUUAUUUGUUAUAUAUUGUAUAAAUUCACCUCCUUUAUAUUAUAGUUUGACACUCAACAUAGAUCCACACCCUUUAAAUCACGAGCAAAGCUCCACUUUUAUAUCCUGCAUAAUCAACUUAAAAUCAUUUUCUCUUGAGUUUAGAUUUCUCCAUCUUAACUGCACCAGAGACAAAAUGUCUUCUACUAACAAAACAAUUAAGCUGAACAUCCCAGUGGAUCAUUAGUGAGACCCUCCCGGGGUUUAAGAACACGUCAGAUGUGACGUUUAUAUUAACUUUCUUAAACGCGGUUUGGCUUUAAAGUCUCUUAACGAUGUCAUCAGUUGAGAGGUUUCAUAAAAGUAAUCCAUUCAAUCAGACUCGUUUCCAUGCUUCUACACUGAGGAUGACUGACGGGGAGAAUUUAUUUCUGAGCUAUAUCUUUAUUUUAAUAUGUAGAUGAAAUCAGUCAAGAAGAUGUAUUUUGUCUUAAAAAAAAUAACAAAAGAAAUAUUUUUCCUAGAAAAAAUCUUUUAGGCUCUUGAAUAAAACCCAGAUCUCACAUUAGGGAAUGGGCGAGUCAAACUUGCAGCCAAAUAACAUUUAUGUCUCUUGCUUGUUAGCUGCUUGGCCUUAGCAUUCCUCAUGCUAAAUCGGACUAAAAAAUAACUUGAUGAAAGUAGCUUGAUUUUUUUAUUUGGAGGCUUUUGUGAUACAUUGCACAUGAAAUGAACUAUCUUCUUUGCCUUUUUUUGUGACCAAUCAACAUUUUUCCCAUUUGGAUAUGUCAUUUUGUCUUCUUUUUUUUUUUUUCACAAGUGUUGAAAAAAAUAAUUUUCCAGCCACUAAGCAUGUGUCAACACCUAACCGACACAACUUACAACUUAACUGGAAAUGUGGAUUGGAUAACUGGAGACGGCAAAUUGUGAUUUUUGUUGUCUAAAAAGGAGACUUCUGCUGCGUAUCAUGACUGUUGCCUUCGGUUUGUCCUCAGCAGCUAUAAAAAGAAAAAUGACUCCUGUUGUGAUGAAUCAUAUGCCUGUCAGAUGUGGUCCUUUUUUUAGAGACACACCCAGUUCUAAGUAUGCAGAAGUUACAAAAACGUAGUCCUGUUGCAUGGCGUCAUUUUAAAAUAGUUAAUGAAACAAGAAGACAUCGCAGAGAGUGCCAACAAACAUCUUAAGAAAAUGCUUUGUGUUCUUUAUUAAGGAGAAAACCACUCGUGAUUGUUUAUGGGUUUCUAUUUAAAUCAUUCAGAGGACAUUUGCCAUGGAUGAAGUAAUGGAAGAACCCUCAGAUCUAAUGUUUACAGGGUUAGUUAUAUAUGACAGGCUUGAUUACUGUCAGAGUCUUUGUGUCCUGCUUGUUACAAUGUUAGCAAAGCGCUUGUUUUCAUUUGCAGACGCUUUGCUGUUGCACACAAUCAAAAGCUGUUGCUGACUGGUCCACCACUUAAAGACAACACAUACAUACAUACUGGCAUUAAUGUGUGUUUUUUUAUGCAAAGGCUUACUGACUGAAACCUGGCUGCCUUUCAGAUGACAAGCCAGGUGGCUAGGUGAGAUAAAUUAGAAGCAUGGAAAAAAAUAAGGGAGAGGGAUAUGAAUGAUAUUUUAUUUCAUGGUAUAAUCAGCUAUGAAUUGCACAGAAUUUACGAAAUCAACAUCCCAUUUCUAUUUUUUCUAAUUAAUUUCCUGAGCCUGUUACAUUUUCUUAACGCAACUCUGGCAGCGAGCAUGCACGUUACCUUGGGAGAUCUUAGACAUGUAAUGCAAACACAAAGUUCAAUUGUUGCCUCUGCAUUUGGAAUCACUCAGUGGGGGCUCAGACGCAGCAAAUAUGUAAUGAAGAGUGUCGAUGGACUCCUCUGCCAGUGUCUGUGGUCGUCACUGUUUCUCCAAAAUAUUCUUGAUUCAAGCACAGAUUUACAACGGUAUCCACUCUGCCUGCUAUCAAGGAAAAACUAGCAACUGGACUGGAGGACUUUAAAAAUUACAUUGUACUUAAUGAGCAUUUAAUGCACAGCAUUUUUGAAUGAUGACAGUAUAUAUUUUUUUCUUGUUAAAGGCACCACAAUCAUCAGGGAAAUAUCUACUGGUCAAUAUUUUGUAGAUUCAACACCAUUGUUGACACCAGUUUGAAGCCAUUGAGUUGAAGAAUCUGGAUGUUUUUCGUCAGACUUUAAAAAUGUUUCUCGGUUUAUAAGAGAGUUCCUGCAGCCACGUUAACGGUCACUUGGUGGGAAAGAGAGGGGGGAAAGCGUUGAAAUUAACCUGGGAUGUGAUGAACGAGACGUGACAUUUGUGUCAGGUACCACUGUUACUCUAACUUCGAAUGGAUGUCUGAAAAAGUGUUUUUGUCUGUCCUUAGAGCUGUGCAAUAACCCAUGCCUGUAAUGGAUUCUAACUGCCAUCCAAAGCACUGUAUUUAUUUCCUUUUAUUAAAGCAUUUUCUUUUUUGGACACAA